AUGAGCAACAAACAUCCGUAUAAUACUCGGAUGACGUCUCAAUCCGGUUCUAAGAUGAUGAAUGUACCUGUCUCAACACAUGAAAUGAUAUCAGUAGCACGAAAAGAAGAUAUUCCCUCCAACAAACAUAAUUUUGCUCAAAUUCCUUCUCGUUCACAGGGAAUGUCAUCAGAGUCAUUACGCAUGAACUCAAAAAUUAAAAAUACUUCCCGUACGAAAGGAAAACAAUCUACGAAUCAGUCAGGUCCUGUACAACCCAUUGAUUUUUCAACUAUAAGAACAACAUACCCUUAUCAAGAUGAAGUUAAAUCUAAGCGAUUGUAUAAUCUUCCUGAGGGCAAGACAUUUUAUCCCACAUGGACAGAAUUUCAAGACCCAUAUGAAUACAUUGCUAGUAUAACUAAAGAGGGAUCACGCUACGUUAACACUAUGGAAGGUGAAACUAGAGCCAAAUUAAAUUACAUCGAACAAUUACAGUUGUUUCACGCACAGCAGGGACGCCCGUUCUCAAGAUUACCCCAGUUAGAUAAAGCACCUAUAGAUUUACACAAGCUUGCCAGAGCUGUAGCUGAUCGUGGUGGUCCUCACGAGAAUAAACAAUGGGCUGAAGUUGCCCGUGAGAUCAAAGAAGGUGGAUACUCGCAAACUUGUACUUCAGCAUCUAAAACUAUAAAAGAACGAUAUUUCGAUUUCAUUGAUCCAUACGAAAAGUAUAUAGCUGAGGCGAAACGAGAGUGCAAAUUAGGCAAACUCGACAUUAAAGUUGAUCUUACAAAACCUGAUGACGUAUGUGGAAAAUGUGGAAAAUUGACAGAAGGCAAUGAAGAUGUAUUACACUGUGAUGGAGAUUGUGAAAAACCAUAUCAUAUAGAUUGCCUUAAUAUUAAAAAAGAGCAUCUUAACCCCGAUGCACAAUGGCAUUGCCCAAUGUGCCUUUUUUUAACUGGUACUGAUUACGGCUUCGAACCUGGUAAUGGGUUCACUCUGAGGGAUUUGCAACAAACUGCUGAUGCCUUUCGACAACGUCAUCUUAAAAAUCAUCCCGUACCGCCUGAGGCAUCAAUGGAGGAUCAUAUUGAAUCCGAAUUUUGGCGACUUGCACAUUCGAUGGAUGAUAAUACAGAAGUCUUUUAUGGUGCAGAUAUAAAUUCAACAGAUUAUGGCAGUGAACGUGACCGAGAUGAUCCAUACAGUAAAGAUCCUUGGAAUCUUCGAAAUCUUCCUAGAUUAACUGGUUCACUGCUUCAUGACAUUACUCCAGCCAUCCCUGGGAUGAUGUUACCUUGGGUAUAUCUCUUGCCAGAACUAUUUCAGCACCAACCAGACCUAUUGACACAAUUGACCACUAUUCUAAAUCCAGAAAAGCUGGUUCAGGAAGGAGUUGAAGUUUUUGCUAUUGAUCAACAACUGGAACUUCGAACUGAAGUAAUUCAAAAAUUGUCCUUACCCACGGCGGUACACGACAUUACCGAGCCAAAAGACUCCGAAAUGGUGUACUAUGCACAAGGAAUGUGCAAUUGUGGAGAAGAAAAUGAAAAGAAAUAUUGUUUCUUCAUUCAAGUACGUAUAAGAGAUUUUCACCUGAAAAGUCUAAUGGACACUAUGGAAUAUACGGCCCAACAAGCAGAGCGGGAUAUUGAAUAUAUUUCCACAUAUCUUGAAGAAUCGGCAACAUUAUCAGUCAAAGUGUUGGAAGACAUAUACAUAAGAGUUAAAGAAUGUGGAUAUGAUUUUGAAUUAAGUGAAUUGGGCCAUUUUAUUGAACAAUCACAAAUCUGGUUUAUACGAUUAAUUGAGUUGUGUUUUGAAGUUGCCCAAAAUAUUUGGCCUUCUUCUUACCGUAAUACGGCUAUUAAUAUUUUUGAUAUUGGCGACUUUCUUGGAAAGUGGGAAAAAAGGGCUAGGAGCUGCCUCUCUACAACCGAUCUACCUCCCCUCAAUCAAAAACAUUACUGUUUUUGCCGACGACCAGAUAAUUUUAAGACCAUGAUAGAAUGUGAUAAAUGUCAUGAAUGGUACCACUGUGAAUGCAUUGGCAUGAGUGAUGAAGAAGCAAAUUCUCUUGAUACAUGGACAUGUUCUAUGUGUCAUUAUGAUAAAAACCAUCUUUCAAAAAAGAUACGAAAAAACGUGAACGAAUUUGAAAAACUUUUAAAGGCUGCUACAGUAUUUCCGUUUUCACCAAGACAUUCAGAGCAAUUCGUCAAGAUAAUUCAAAUCGUCAAAUCACUUUUAGGACCCGACCUGUUUCACAUUCGACGCGCGAUUGGUCUUGGUUUGGCCAUCCCUAUAGAUGGAAUAGAAAUGAAGAUGGGCAUUGAUACAGAUGUAAUUAUGACGGAUAGCUAA